AUAAAUGGAGGAAAGUGCCUCAACAUUGCUAGAGAAACAUAAGUUCAUGCUCUGUAAAGUACCAGACCCGAUUUAUAAGAUGAUUAAGAAGUUUUAUGAUAACCCCUCUAAUAACCAGAAGGUCGGACAGAUCAUUCUCAAGCCAAAUGGAGAUGUUGAAAUUGAAUUUGAUGAAGAUCAGAUCGACACCACAAAGAAUAAUGAGAUCACAGAGGAUGUGAGCAAGGACUACAAAGUAAAACCAUUUAAAGCAAGUAGUAAAAACUGUUUUGUAUUCAGUACUAACAAGGAACUGAAUCAGGCCAAAUGUUCGAAGAAAAUAGAAUUUUCAGCUUCUUUACAUCCCAAAGGGUUAUAUAAGUCUGGAAAGAAGGAGGAGGACUUGAUCCGUCCCAGAAUUAUGAAAGAAGAUGUGCAGGCCUUCAAGGAGAUGCAGACAAUCAAAUUUGAUUUGAAUCAUAAGUACCAUCAGCCUAGCAAAAAAGAUACUAAAUUCAACUAAAGGUCUAGCAGGUUUGGUAAUUU